GACAUUUUGACAAUAAAACAAAAUGGAUAGUUGAGCAAGAGGGCAGUUGCGGUUUUUGGUGGUUUAUUUAGUGAAUUUCUUAGUUAAAUUGACUAAAACCCGUGUAAAAAAAGUUGAAAAUAAUACAGAAUCAUGGAGGAUUUAGAUAAACUGAGUUGUACAGAAGAAGUAUUAGAUAUGAGCGAUAUAGACAAUUCUGCUAACGAUGAGCAUAAGGAAUGUGAGGAAAAGCCAAAAUCGCAGAAAAAGAAACGAAGACGAAGAGAAAUCGAUAUGAUAAAGUUGUCAGAUGAUGAUGAGACUGAUGAUGAGGGAGUGGCCAAAAAGUUGAUGCGGCAUCUCAGCCCGGGCCCCGGGCCUCACUCCCCGGCAUCCCACAGGGAACCCCGCACUUGUGUGCUUAAGGCAAGUCAGAAACGGAGGCCUCUAUCUCGUCUCCUAGAGCAGUUGCUUCGUAACCUAGAGAAGCGGGACCCCAACCAGUUCUUUGCGUGGCCUGUCAAUGACAACUUUGCUCCAAAUUACUCCAAUAUCAUCAGGAGGCCUAUGGACUUCUCCACGAUGAAACAGAAGAUUGAUGAUAAUGAGUAUAAGUCACUCAAUUGUUUUAUUAGCGACUUCAAGUUGAUGUGUAACAACGCGAUGAAGUACAACAAGCCGGGCACGGUGUACCACAAGGCGGCGCGGCGACUGCUGCACGCCGGCCUCAAGCAGCUGACGCCGCACAAGCUGCGUCCGCUCGGGGACCUGCUCACGUACAUGUACGAGAUCCCCAUCCGCGAGCUCGGCUUCGACAUCGGCAAGAUGGACGUGCCUCUUAGGACGUACGCGCGAAAGCAUAAAGUCCUGAAGCGGAGCAGUCCAAUCAAGAGCGGCGGGUCCGAAGCGGAGGUGGUGUCGGACGGGGGCGGGGGCGGGGAGCGCGGGGAGGAGGGGGACACCGUCAAGAUACAGAUGGAGGCUGCCAGGGAGAUGCAUCGCCGGCGGCUGGCUAAGAAAGCUUUCCCACGCAUGGACUCCGAAGGAAAAACGACCCUGUGCCUCGUCACUAACACAGUCGAAGGGUCUGGCGAGGACAAGCCGCUCACGAUUGGCAGAUUGGUCGGGAAACUUACACAGGGAACCGGGACGUUGCAUACGCAAAGGGAAGACCGUCGUAACAUAGCAAAGGGCGUAAAACCAUUGAAUUAUGGGCCGUUCAGUUCGUACGCUCCGUCGUAUGACAGCACUUUCUCUACGCUUACUAAAGACGAGUCUCAUCUUAUAUACCACACUCUGGCGGCAGAGACAGGUCAAGGCAACGAAGAAAUGCUACGUUUCGCCCCCGACUCCCCCUGGACACUGUUCUACGACAUGGAGGCCCUGUUCCCUGAUAAGAAACAACAACAGCCAGAGACUACGCCCAAGGAGGAGCCGGACACGUCAAAGCACGUGAAGGUGGACAUAGAGCAGCUGCGCACGCUGUCGGAGCUGGGCAUAGACGUGGAGUUCCUGGCGGACAUCGAGGAGGAGCUGAGCGCGGCGCAGCGCGACUACGGCAUCGGCGCCGCGCUGCGCCGCGCGCACGAGCUGCUGCUCAAGCUGGAGAAGGAGCAGACUGACAGGUUAUCAGCGCCGCCGCCGUGGCACCUGUCCCUGCUGGCGCGCGCGGGCGCGGGUGCGGCGGAGCGCGAGCUGGCGCGCGCGGCGAGCGCGGCGCUGCGCGCGAUGGCGGCGCGCGUGCCGCCGCGCUCGCUGGCGCCGCGCGCUGCGCUGCGCCGCGCCAUGGGCGUCACCCUCGACCACCUCGACACUCCGAUGGCGGUGGAUGACUUCGAGCUAGACGGGGAGCACCGCGACACCGACCAGGACUCCCGCUCAGACGACAAAUAGAUGCGAGAUCAUGUCAUGAGUGGUCACCCAUUCAAUGACCGACCAUUGCGAUCGUGACUUGACCGCCACUAUCGCGGGCCGAGCCAUUAAAAUGGCUGAUGGUUAUGUUAUCAGGCCUAAUUUUAGGAAUCACACAUAAAUAUAAGAUUUAUACGAA